AUGAAGGACGAUGAUAACAAUUCUAAUGAAACCGGAGUUCCACUGGAAAAGAAACAAAGAGUCAAAAAAUUAGUCGAGUGUCAAAAAGUAGCUAUUGAUAAGUUCUUUACGAGUGACAAACAAGCAGAACAAUCAGUUGAAGACUUGAACAAUGAAGAAUUUGAAACUUUGGUAAAUAUUGAGAAUGAAAAUUUGGUAGAUGAAGAAGGAAAUGGGAAAUUUGAGAGUGCAGAAAUCAAUCAAGAUGAUGAGAUGAAUACAGAAUGUGAGCAUUCAAAUAUAGAUAAUCCGGGGACUUGGAAAAUAGUUGACCAGAAUUUACGAGAUUUUUUAGUCGAAAAAGGUCCUGUGAGAAGAAAUUGUGAGUUCAACUUCCCUAAGGAUGAUUCUUCUAGGCAUAGGCAUUUCUCACAUAUUCAUUACAUUCGACAUUUACCAAAUGGAGAAAAAUUUGAUAGGACAUUGCUGAUAUAUUCGGAACUUUUGGAUAGAGUAUUUUGCUUUUGUUGUAAGUUGUUUAAGCAAGAGGGAAAUAAGACUCAAUUGCCUACUAAAGGAUUUAAAGACUGGAGAAAUAUUGAUGAGAGACUUAAAGGCCAUGAAAGUGGUAACGAGCACAUUACUUGCAUGAGCAAAUGGAUUGAGCUGGAGGAAAGAUUAGGAAAGCAUCAAACAAUAGAUAAAAGUAUACAAGAACAAGUUAACAAAGAAAGAGAGCAUUUGAGACGGGUUUUAUUGGUGAUAAUUGCAGUUGUGAAAACACUUGCCAACAAUAAUUUGCCAUUUCGUGGAAGCCAUGUGAAGAUUUAUGAAGAAAGCAAUGGACUUCUUUUAAGCAUAACUGAAAUGAUUGGCGAGUUUGAUUCAACGAUAGAACAACACUUGCGGGGGAUAGAAAAUGAUUAUCUAAAGGAAGGCCUCAUGGUUAAAUCGUUGUCGCAAACGCGUUGGGAAAGUCGCAUUGAAAGUGUUAAACCACUAAGAUACCAUGCUUCAAAAAUAAGAGAUGCUUUAGUUGGCUUGUACAAUAAUCCUACCACAGAUUCGAUUGCAAAAAGUGAAGCUAAAUCCUUGGUAACUCAUGAACUUGAGACUUUUGAGUUCUUGUUUAGUAUUGUAAUUUGGUACAAUUUGUUGUUUCAUGUGAACUCUGUUAGCAAGCUUCUUCAAAGUGAAAAUAUGGAUAUAACAGUUGCUGUAAAGAAGCUAUAUGGACUUGUUAAGUAUGUUGCAAUGUACAGAGAAGUUGGUUUCACGGAGGCUAUGGUUGAAGCUAAAGAAAUGGCAAGUGAAUUGGGAAUUGAACCUACAUUUGUUGAAAAGCACAUCAUUUCUAGAAAGAAACAAUUUGAUAAGAAUGUUAGCGAAGAGGUGACCUAG